AAUCUAACUUUCUCAAAUUCAGUUGAAAAAUUCCGCACAGCAGACAACAACAGAAUCGAUCGUUUUCUUUAUAUCUACAAUUCAUACGAGUCGACGCCAUGAGCCGCGGAAACUACAUAGAAAUAGUGGCCAAGUCCGUAGAUAUGGAGGCAAUCGUCUCGGUGCGCAAGAAUGAGUUGAUUCGGAAUCUGCGGGCCCUGGUGGCCGUGCGUUUCGAGCAGGCUAUUGACAAAAUCGUGCUGGUCUUCGGCGGCCAGGUGCUCCGUGAUGAUGGCACUAUUGACACCGUUGGCAUCACUUCUGGCGUCAAUGUGUAUGUGGUGUGCCGUCGAGGCAGCGCAGCGCCCAGCCCACCGGCAGCUGUGGCCGCGCCCCCAAAACAGGCGGCGUGGACCGGCCUGGUCGGGCGUAAGCUUGCCGAAGGCUUGAGAAAGAUUAUCUAUAAUUCGGACAGUCUGAGGAACCUGUUGAUGAAGCACUUGAAGCAGGUUCUGAAAAAGAAUGGCAUCACGGGCGACGCGCUCCGUAGUUACUUGAAGAGCAAUCGCAAGGUGGCCCUGAAGGUGUUGCUGCCCAUGAGUCUGGCCAAGCUGGAGUAUGCACGCCGUCGACGUCAUCUGCUAAUAAUGCACUUGGAGCUCGUCCCUGGUGGUCAUCAGCUGCUGGGCCGCCUCGAAAGUGAAAUGCGCAGAUCCGAAGAAGAUAUUGUGGCCAGGAACUAUCAGCAGUUCUCGCGCGGCCAGGACAAUGGGGGAAAUUCCCAGCGCGGACUUGAGAACAGAGAGCCGCUGCCCAACCCUUGGCAGGCGUCGCACAGCGCCUUGAACCUGGGCGACAUUCGGGCCGUUCUUCGGGAGGUCAUGUUGGAUCUUAUUUACAAGUAUUUGCUACUGUCUUUUCGUGAGCAGCUGGAAAAACUGAUUGAAAUGGGCUACAAUAAUCAUCUCCGCAAUGUUCACGCUCUCGUCAUCUCCUCGGGAUGCCUGGAGAACGCUAUCAAGCUACUGGAUGUCUGGAACCGCUAAUGGAGCACCAGAACUUACACAUUGCCCCAUUUACCCCCGCAGUCAUAUACACACACAUACAAGGCACACAUUCUUAUUUUUUCAUUUCGGACAUAUUGUACAAAAAAAAAAAAAUGUAAUGCAAUGCAGAAUUCAGAUCAGAUCGCAUAAAUAUUAUAACCAGAACGAAGAAAACAA